CACUGUGGUAUGUUGUAUUUUAAAAAAUGUUUCAGAAUUUAAUAAUGUGAAUUGUUCUAAUUAUGUUGUAGAUGUUCAUACUCUAUUUUCUGGGAAACAACAGAGACCUGUUCAUUUUAACUUGGCGGCUGCACUUAGUUACAUUGGGAUGUGAUGGAGCGUGCACGUGGAGAAUGAGACCGAUAUAUGUUACCAGUACAACAAAGCUACACCAGCCUUACUAAAUGAGCUAAAUGGACUCUCUUUAAUAUCUCAGUGCUGAUCUGGUCUCUCUUGAUGCUGAAUCAUUAAAGUUCAUAUGCUCUGAGCAAACGGCUCCAUUCUAAUCCCUUGUUCUCCUUCCAGACACACUCUUGGCCAUUCAGACAGAAAUUAAUAUUUAACAUGUGAAAAUGAGGCUCACUGUAAUCUCUAAUCACAUGCCACAUGCAUGCACACCAGUUUUAGUAGGUCUUCAGAGGCCAGUUCUCUCAUUACUCGGGUGUCUGCUGCCAAAGAGGAGGGCAACCAUGUGCUGUUGGGUAAAUGAGCACAAAGGCAACGGCUGGGCCACUAUGAGCACUGGUGCAUUGUGACGUCUUUCAUUACCUUUACAGCUCACCGGGCCAGACCUGCUCCUCUCCUCUGCUCACCUAACCCCGCCAGCUGGCAGACGGUUAGGUGUCAGCUUCCCCUGUGUGUGUGUGUGUGCAUGUGUGCCUUGGGGGGUAGGAUGAAUUGCUAGAGACAGCGUCCGGAUCCAGUCAAAGGCAGCUUGCGCAGGUGCAGAGAGGCAGGGUUGACAUGGUGCUCCAAAAGGCCAUUGCCGCAGCCCGCGAGGGAGACCUGCAGAGCCUGCGAGAGCUUGCUGAAACUGGAUGUCUUACCGGUACCAUUGUGGAUGCUCAGGGGGCGGGACUGGUGCAUCAUGCUGCACGCUGUGGUCAGCUGGACUGCCUUUGCUUUCUGGUGACAGAAGCAGGGUUCGAUGCUAACACAAAGGCCCUCAAUGGAGCCACACCUGUCCAUGAUGCUGCAGCUACAGGUCACACCCGGGAACUAAAGUGGCUCGUACAGGUUGCAAGAUGUAAUGUACAGGAUCAGGAUUCUGGUGGGGCCUCUCCGCUCCACCUCGCUGCACGGUUCGGCCAGGUGGAAGCUGUCCACUGGCUGCUGUCUCAUGCGAAUGGAGCAGAAGUGGAAACAAACUGCGGUGCUCUUCCUGCCCACUAUGCUGCAGCAAAGGGUGACCUCACCUGUUUGAAGCUGCUGAUUGGUCAAGCUCCAGGGUGUGUUAAUCGACAGACAAAUAUGGGCGCCACACCACUGUAUCUGGCCUGCCAGGAGGGACAUCUACAUGUUGUGGAGUAUCUGGUCAAAGACUGUGGAGCUGACGUACUUCUUAGAGCCCAAGAUGGUAUGACGCCACUGCAUGCUGCAGCUCACAUGGGCCACCAUGCAUUGGUGGUAUGGCUGGUGUCUUUCACAGACGUCAGCCAGUCUAGUCAAGACAAUGAAGGGGCGACUGCUUUACACUUUGCUGCCAGUGGGGGGCAUCAUGGCAUUCUGGAGAGGUUGUUACAGAUGGGAUCAAAGGUCAAAAAGGAUUACUGGGGUGGCACUCCUCUACAUGAUGCAGCAGAGAAUGGGGAGAUAGAGUGCUGUCGAAUCCUCCUGGGUCACCAGAUCAACCCAAAGGAAAGAGAUGUAGAUGGGUUCACGGCUGCUGAUCUGGCUGAAUACAACGGCCACUUUGAGUGUGCCAGAUACCUUCACUCUGUGGAGAGAAAUCUCUGUCCAGCUGCCCAACCUCUGGAAGAAAACUGUCCUAUAGAAGAAGAGCUCAGAGAGAAACCGGCUGUGUCUCGGCAACCCAGCUCCGAUUAUUACAGACAGAUCACUAAUACACACAAAGCCAUGGACAGUCUUAAGCAUCCUGAGACAGAAGAUUCCCCUCAAGCCUGUUACCCCCCUUCAACACUUUCACCUUCUCCUCCCACUUCCACCACUACCCCCUCACCUCCAUCUUCUACCUCACAUGGGAACGUUUUCCAGAAUGUCCACAUGGCCACUUCGGUGGUGAAGAACCUUAAUUCCAGUACGCCUCUGAGUAAGCCAGUACCAGAGAAAGGAAAACUGUUUAUGGGAGAAAUGAAACUGGGAGAUGUAAAAUCCAUUGCCAGCCUUAAGAAAUCUGGACUGACAGCAGAUUUGACCAUUUCAAAUAAAAUGGUGGUGUUACCGACAGAGGAGGCUAAUUUGUCUGAUAUUGAUUACCUGGUACCCAUGCAUGAUGAGAAGGGCAGACCUAUAGCAGAAUGGAAGAGGCAAGUGAUGGUACGACAGCUACAGGCCAGCUUAUUUGAUCAAGAAACCCAGAGGUUAAAGGAGAGUGGUACUAGAUAUACAAAGAUGGACAGUUGGAGGUACUCCCAGGCUCACAAUGCCAUCCUGGGUCCAUUUGGAGAGCUUCUAACAGAGGAUGACCUUAUUUAUCUAGAGAAGCAAAUUGAGAGUGUGUCGAUGCAAAAGAACUGCGAGGGUUACGAAAUGGAGCUUGCUCGUCUGGCCGAAGAACUUCGAAACAUUCUUCCGGCACCCAUCGUCAACAUCACGGUCAACACACAGUACAAGAACUCUACACAGACUCCCUUACCCGUUUGGUGCAACCGUAUUUCAGGCAUUGUGAAGAGUAUGUCAUUGCUUAUGACCAACCUAACAGACCAGCCCUACUGCAAAAUGCCAAACACAGAGCUUGUGAAUGUCUUCUCUCAGCCAUCAGAGAGGCAAGCUGUCAACAGAGGCAGGAGGGAGAAGAUAGAAAAUGAGAUUCAACAGUUUGGUGUCUCUGUGAGGAACUUAAAGUCCAACUUUGAGAAUCAAAAUGAUUCCUCACAAAAUGAUUCUGGGAUGGCAGAAUCAUUGGGUGAACAAGAGCAAGAACCAGUAAAAAAUGGUUCAGAUGAGGUCUCUCAAAAACAAGAACAAAGACCAGAGGUUGACCAGAUUGAUGAUUCAUCUAUUGACUGUGUCAUCAGUGAUGCCAUGGAAAGUACAACCCUGCGCAAGGAACGUAUUGUGGUCUUGUUCCUGGGUCACUGGAAGAAGUCGGCUUAUACGGUGACUGUGAGAAAUGCUCAGAGAAAGCAAAGCGUUGACUCUCUGGAUAUAUCUAAGAAGCCGAAGUAUGAACGUAAAGCUAGCUUGGAUAUCUCUCCAAAGAAUGCCAUGGAAAAUGGCACAUUGGGGCACUUCUUCAAGCAGAGAAGUGCCAUCAAUAAGAUGAUUGGGAACUGGAGAAGCAUGAUCUCAUUUGUACCGUCACGGCAAAUCCGAAGACUCAACCGGCAGCAGGCAGUUUACUCACCUGAGCAGUUCCUGCCCCGUGUGGAUGGAUCUCCCGUCGACUACGACACACUGACACUCGACCUCUUCAUGCUUGGCUACUUUCACAUCCUUGAGCUAGAUUUGCCAGCAGAUGAGAGGAAAAUAAGACACUUGCUGUGCUUUGAAGUUUUCGACCAUGUGGGGCGUUUCACAUGGGAGACUGUGCGUGAUUUUCACAAAGCUGUAAUUCAGGACAUUGAGGCGGGGAACCGGGAAUGGAAGGAUGGAUUUGAGGACAUUAAAGUGAAGUUCUUCGGAGAUGGAUCAGGCCAACCAGAGCUAGAACACGUAGAACAGACAACGACGGUAGAAACGAGGCCUGUGCCUAAAGUCAUUGUACAGACACCUACCCCAGAUGAGAGCGAUGUCCUGAAAAAUAAUGCAGAUAUUAGUAGUCUGACUAAUGAGGAGAUUUGCAAAUAUAUUGACCGUAGUUUUGCUUUCUGGAAAGAAAAGGAGGCUGAGAUAUUUGAUUUUGAGGAAUGACAAUAAGCCUUUUGGGGGUGGGGGGGUGUACAUAGAGAUUCCUUAUUAUCUUUAAAUAUAUUUUUUUGCAUUUGAUGUAGAACAUGUACCAAUAUUUAUAGAGUUAUGACAUGUAAGGCAUGCUUUUGCCUUUUUUCUCCAAUUUUCUAGGAGUGCAAGGUAGAAGACUGCCAUAAACUGUAAAACGUGUUGGCCUUUUUGUCAGAAUUAUCAGUAUGUGAUGUAAAAUGAUUUAAAUGCCCUUUUCUGUUCAUUUUUUGUUACUUCUUGAGAAUCAGAUAUUAAGAGACUUAAUUUGCACCAAUACUGGAGGCUGCUUACUCUAAUGAUUAAAUAAAUGUUCAUCUGACUGUUUACUCCUAUACAGAAAGUUCUGUGUGUCUCUUUAAGAGCAGGUGGGAGCUUAACAGUAGUAUUUAGAUUCUGAGUAUAGCCCCC